AUGGCUCAAAAGGAAGUUAAUGUUGCUGUUAUUGGUGCAGGUGUUGUUGGUUCUGCAUUUUUAGACCAAAUCAUUGCCAUGAAGGCACCAAUUAAAUAUAAUUUAAUUGUUAUUGCUGAAUCAAAGAACAGUUUGAUUUCCGAAGACUACUCUCCAUUGCAAUUGGAUUCCAAUUGGUCUCAAACUCUAUCAAAUUCUAAGCAAGAAACUUUACCAUUAGAAAAAUUGAUUGAGUUUCUAUCAAAGUCUCCUUUACCUGCUAUUUUAGUUGAUAAUACAUCUAGUGCUUAUAUUGCAGGAUUUUAUCCAAAAAUUGUUGAAAGUGGUAUCUCUAUUGCUACUCCAAACAAGAAAGCUUUCUCCUCUGAUUUGGAUACUUGGAAUAAGUUGUUCUCUGGUAAUCCAGGCAAUGGUUUAGUUUAUCAUGAAGCUACUGUUGGUGCUGGUUUGCCAAUUUUAGGUCCAUUGAGAGAUUUCAUUCAAACUGGUGAUGAAGUUGAAAAAAUUGAAGGUAUCUUUUCCGGUACUUUAUCUUAUAUCUUUAAUGAAUUUUCUACAGCCACUCCAAACGAUAUCAAAUUCUCUGACGUUGUGAAAGUCGCUAAACAAGCAGGUUACACUGAACCAGAUCCAAGAGAUGAUUUAAACGGUUUGGACGUUGCUAGAAAAGUUACUAUUGUUUCUAGAAUUUCUGGUUUGAAAAUUGAAUCUCCAACUUCAUUCCCUGUUCAAUCUUUAAUUCCAAAGCCAUUAGAAAGUGUAGAAAGUGUGGAUGAAUUUAUGGCUAAAUUACCAGAAUAUGAUGAUGAAUUGACUAAGUUGAAGGAAGAAGCUGCCAAAGAAAACAAAGUAUUGAGAUUCAUCGGUAAAGUCGAUGUUCCAAACAACAAAGUUUCUGUUGGUAUUGAAAAAUACGACUAUUCUCAUCCUUUCGCCUCCUUGAAAGGUUCUGAUAAUGUUAUCUCUAUUAAGACUAAGAGAUACGUUAACCCAGUUAUUGUACAAGGUGCUGGGGCUGGUGCAGCUGUCACUGCAGCAGGUGUCUUGGCAGAUGCUAUCAAAAUUGCUGAAAGGGUUUAA